AUGGAAAAGGAUAGUAUCAGGAUUGUUCAACAAGAAACUGACUUUGUAAGAGGUGUUCUCCCUGUCAAAUACCUUGGAGUUCCUCUUGAUAGCAAGAAGCUAAAUGUGUUGGAGUACAAGCCCCUUAUUGACAAGAUGCUCAGCAGGAUUAACCAUUGGAGCACAAGACUCCUCUCGUAUGCUGGAAGGUUCUUACUUGUGAAGAGUGUGCUAUUUUCCAUAGCCAACUACUGGAUGCAAAUAUUUGCUCUCCCCAAAAAAAUCAUUCACCAUAUCGAGGCCCUGUGUAGGAGGUUUUUGUGGACAAGAAGUGAUAUUAAAACCAAGAAGGCGCAUGUGGCUUGGGAUCAGGUUUGCAACCCGAAGAAAGUUGGUGGCCUUAAUAUGAUAUCGCUCGUGGAAUGGAACCAGGCUACGAUUGGUAAAAUGAUAUGGAAUCUAAAUGAAAAAAAAGGACAAGUUGUGGAUUAA